AUGGCGUCUGCAUGCUCAUUUCAUGGCAUCGUUGGCAUUCAAAAUGCUGUUCCCUACGCAUUGGAGGCCAGGAAAUGCUUUUGGAAAAUGGAUGGAUUUGUGCCUCUCUCUCUUGACAUAGAGGAUGAUCUUGCAGAUCUUGCUGUGUCUGUCUUCAUCUUCGGUGGAACCACUGCGCCACCUGAAGAUGGAAUUUACUUCAUCAAUGCUUGCGUAAUUACCAGCACAAUAGAUGAACAUGUCUCUCUUGAGCUUUACUGUGUGGAUGAGAUGCAACCGACUGACAGUGGAAGGACUCUUCCUACCAUCAUUGUCAUCAGCAAGGUUUCAAGAGGCUCUUCUGAACUCGUCGAGAGUCGUGCUUUCGACAUGGACAUCAUGCAGUACGGUAUCAUGCCGCAACAACUCGCGCGCAUCCGCUGCUUCUAUCCUGAGGAUCAUCCUCGCCUCACGAAGACACCAGUUCCUACUGCUGAGAAACAUAUCAUUGUUCAAGGCUGUAUCUCUGAGCUCCUUCACAACCGCUGCAUCGUGCGUGUUCACAAUAUCACUCUUGGACCUUCCAGUGGUGUCGUCGAGAAGCACAGACAUGCAGAUGCAGUUCCUCCUGCCAAGUUAAAAAGCUUCAAUUGGAGUGGAGGUGGAAAGGGGAAGGGGAAGGGAGCAUCUCAUACUGAUUCAGAUGUUGAUUUAGAUCUAUCACCUCGGCACAAUGACAAAGCUCGCAAGCUUGAUGCUUUGGAGGACAUAGGCAAGGGACCAAGCAAGAAAAAGGUUUCAUCUUCCAAAUUGGUGAAAAAGGGGUUGCUGGGUGAAGAGAUCAAACCAGUGCCAUCAUCCAAAGUGGCUUAA